AUGGCGGACGGCGCGGAAACCUGUGUGACUUUAUUCUCUCAAUCCAGUAAAGUUUUCGUUUGGAACCCUGAAGAUGCUGAGAAAAUUCGUGUUGAAUAUCGCAUAGUUGGAUCACUCAUUGGAUCACUACCUCGUAAACCAAAACAGAACCAUUGUUUUUCUUUGCCGCUUCUUCUUUCGCAAGCAGAGGCCACGUUACUUUUGAACAAGGGACUGGCAAGGAUGUUUGACUUACCGGAAAAUCUCCCGGUUCCAUCGAAUGAAGAAGUUAAGACGUUUCAUGAGCUUCGCCAUGACAGCGUUGUUAAACAGAGAGAGUUGUUUGAAAGAGAAAGAGAAGAAAAGCAGGUGGAAUUAGCAGAAAUUAUCGAGGAGGGAAGAAGGAGGAAGAGAAAACUGAGAGAGAAAGAUGAAAAUGUAACUAGUCCAGUAAAAAAAGUGAAAAGUGAAGAAUUAGAAGAAGGCAAUCCUGAAAAAUGCAACCAAAAGGAGGAAAAAGUUGCUAAUCAAUUGGAUUCGAAAGGUAAUAUAGACAAUGGUUUGACAACUAAUGAAGAAUCAGUAAGAAAAACUGAUAGCAUUGAGGCCCAUCACAUUGAAAUUGAAUUGGGUUGUAAACGUAAGGACAAGUCUAGCUUGCAGAGAGUGUCACCUAACCGUGAUAUUAAUCAUGAGGAAACAAAGGCCUUGUCUGCCCUUGGAACUUUAAUUCACAUUCCAACAAUUAUGCCAUCACAAAGACUGCAGACUCUUUCAAUAGCACAUUGGACAUACCCCCACACAGAAACUGAAAAGCUGCAUUACAGGGUAUUUUUGGACUUAUGGGAAAAAGGAUAUUAUUUAACAUCUGGUGUUAAAUUUGGAGGAGAUUUACUAGCAUAUCCUGGUGAUCCAUUCAGGUAUCACUCAUAUUUCAUUGUUAUUAUUGUUCCAUGGGGAAAGAAAAUUACUCCAUUUGAGAUGAUCUCAGCUGGAAGACUGGGUGCUACUGUUAAAAAAACAGCCCUUAUUUGUUCUAUAAAUGAUGAGACAGAUGAAAUUUUGUAUACAUCCAUCAAGUGGAGUGGGAUUAGUUAAAAAUUUAAAGUGUUAAUGAUACAAACAUUUUGGAUUAAUUUUUGUGAAUUCUGAUUUUAAAAAUUUGAAGAGACACCAUUACCUUAUUGGUGAAUUAAAACAAUGACUAGGUGAGCAAAUGAUGUAUUUUCCUUUGAAUUUCACUUUAUGUUUAAACCAAGGGAACACAAGAAGCAUUUCCAUCACGGAGCUAUGGGUGGUUGAACUCCUGCCUUUGUCUAUUCUCCUUUGCUUCUCUGGUUUUCAAUGUUGGUGUAAUUAUUGGUGUGAUGUGUUUUCUUUCAUUGUUCCUUUUCACUUGUGUAACAAAAUUAGAUAGGAAAGAAGACUGGUUAUGAUCAAAUGAAAUUGCUUUCUCAGUGCUCAUCACCUAAUAUGUACAUAUCUCAGACGUUGGUUGUAAUUUUUCAAUGAUUAGGUGGAUUAAAAAAAAACAUAAUUGUCACAGACUUUACAGGCCUUUGUGUAUCUCUUAGGCUAAUGGGACAAGCAUUGUGAGCACAGAGCCUGUAAAUAAAAAUAAAAAAUACUGUAGAGCUUAAUUGUAUAAAGAAAAAUGUUUUUUUCACUUUCUAUGGUGAAACUUGAUGAUAAGCACUGUCUACUUCGGUGUAGGGCAUCAACAAUGAAGUGUGAAGGUCUGGAGUUUCAAUCCUUGUGAGAGAGACUCAGAUUUUUUGUCUCGUUUAUAGAGAUCAAAGAAUAUUUUUUUCACUGGUUGAACAAUCAAAAAGAACAAUGUCUUUCUUUUUUAUUUACAUACACAUGAUCAAUGGAAUGAUACUUUGUAUACAAUAACACUGUGUAUCAAAAUGUGAUUUGAAAAAAAUUCAUGGCUUUGGA